AUGGCCUCGUCAGAAAGAGUAGCGGCACUGCUCGCCGCUCUCACGCUGGAGGAGAAGUGCCAGCUUUUGUCUGGCAAGAACAUGUGGAAGACGGCCAACAUUGACCGGCUAGGCAUUCGCAGCUUGAAGACCACUGAUGGCCCGGCCGGUGUCCGUGGAGCAACCUGGAUCGACGGCACUCACACCACAUUUAUACCGUGCGGUAUCUCUCUUGCGGCGACCUUCAACCCGGACCUUAUUCGUCGCAUUGGUGGUAUUCUUGGCCUCGAGGCUCGCAGUAAACAUGCACAUAUCCUCCUGGCGCCCACCAUGAAUAUGAGUCGAUCUCCGUUGGGCGGGCGCAACUUUGAAAACUUUGGCGAGGAUCCAUUCUUGACUGGCACUAUGGCAAGAGAGUAUAUUCGUGGCGUGCAGGAGCAUGGUGUGGGGGCGUGUAUGAAGCACUUUGUCGGCAAUGACAUGGAAACGCGUCGGUUCAAUAUGGACAUUCAAAUCGACGAGCGGACGUUGCGCGAGAUCUAUCUAAAGCCGUUUGAAAUGGCGCUCGACGCGAAUCCAUGGACAGCCAUGACGGCGUACCCCAAAAUCAACGGGGAGCACGCCGACUGCAACACGUUUCUCCUUCGACAGGUCUUGCGGGGUGAGUGGGGUUUUGACAAUCUGGUCAUGUGCGACUGGGGUGGUCUCAAUGAUACAGUGAAGAGCAUCACCGCUGGAACUGAUCUUGAGAUGCCGGGUCCUGCGAUCCGAUAUGGAGAUGCACUGUUGGAUGCCGUCAAGAGAGGGCAUGUCUCCGAGAAAGAACAUAUAGAUGCCGCUGUCGGCCGGCUCUUGCGUCUUUUAGAUUGCCUCGAGCUACUAACGCCUGCAUCAGAGAACGAGAAGAACGAAAAGAACUCGGACCUUCCCGAAUUUCGUCAAACUGCCCGAGACGCUGCAGCCGAGGCCAUCGUACUACUCAAGAACGAAAACCAAGUACUGCCCUUGCAGCCAGCGAGUAUAAAAAAGCUUGCUAUCCUUGGACCCAAUGCACAAAAGCCAACGACAGGGGGAACAGGAAGCGCGGCGGUGAAUCCCUAUUAUAUUACUACUCCCUUUGACUCGAUUUCAGCCGCCGCAAAAGAAAAGAAUAAGGAUAUUGACAUUACUUUCUCACCGGGUAUACAAAGCAACCUGCAGCCAUCAUUACCCGGUGAGAUACUUCGAACGCCAAAUUGGGAAUCAGUAGGCGUUCAGGUCGACUUUUACGCGGGACACGAGUUUGCCGGACCUGUUCUCGGCUCGUCGCAUUGGCAAAACUCGGUCAUUUUCAUGAUGAGCGACGGUGACGUGCCAGAAGUACUGAGAGGUAAGCCGCACUGCUAUCGCGUCAGUGGGGUCCUGACGCCAUCGACCACGGGCACAUAUGAGCUGAGUCUCUCGAGUACGGGCAAGGCCAAGCUGUUUGUGGAUGGCGACAUGGUCAUCGACAACUCGGAGUGGACGCAGACGGGAGGCACGUUUAUGAACUGCGGCAGCGUGAACCGUUUGGCUACACUCCACCUUGAGGCCGGACGGUCGUAUGCGUUACAGGUCGAUAAUGUCGUCUGCCCGCCUCCAAUUAAACCACACGACAAUACUCUUUUCCACACGGUUUCCGGUCUUCGGGUUGGUUUGCAGCUUGCCAUAGAUGAGGAAGCCUUGUUCGCCGAAGCUGUGGCCAUGGCAAAAGAUGCUGACGCGGUGGUUCUCGUCGUGGGUCAUAACAAUGACACGGAGAAGGAGGGAAUCGAUCGAACCUCGCUCAAAUUGCCCCGUCAGACUGACGAGCUUGUGGAGGCUGUUUGCAAAGUCAAUCAGCAGGUUGUCGUCGUCACACAAUCGGCUAGCGCCAUUGCCAUGCCCUGGGUGGACGUGGCCCCGGCCAUCGUCCAUGCUUGGUACCAGGGCCAGGAGAAUGGCAAUGCGCUAGCUGAUGUCUUGCUCGGGCAUGUCAGCCCGAGCGGCAAGUUGCCCAUCACUUUUCCGCGGUCUCUGGAAGACCACGGAUCGAAUGAGUGGUUUCCUGGAGAUGUAGAGAACGACUAUGCCGAAUACGGCGAGGGUGUGCUUGUGGGCUACCGUUGGUUCGAUGCCAAAGAGAUCCAACCGCUCUGGCCAUUUGGUUACGGACUGUCUUAUACCCGUUUUGGUCUCGGAGGCAUGGCAGUAACUGGAACGUUGAAGAGCGACGAUCGGAGUAGUCGCAUUAAUAUCUCGAUCACGGUCUCCAAUCAUGGAACAGUCGACGGAGCUGAGGUGGUACAAGUAUAUGUGUCCGCAUCGCCCAUUAUCAAGGAGAGAAAUCUCGUCUCUGCACCAAAAUCGCUUGUUGCCUUUUCCAAAGUCCACGUCGCUGCAGGGAAAGCCGAGAAUGUCUCUAUAAGUGUAAGCCCAGAGGCACUGGCGUGGUAUGAUGUAUCAGAGACAAAUGCACAUGGAGGAAAAGGUGCGUGGCGGGUGGACAAGGGACAAUACUCGUGUUUCGUCGGAACUAGUUCGAAGGACAUUGUAGAAACCUCGACAUUUACUGUGCAAUAA